CCAAGAUUACUCUUCCUCAGCAAACUGAAGGAGUUCAAAUUAUCAUAUCCUACACUGUGAUGACUGACACAACUUUUGAAGUUGAAGAUAUGACAAUAAUUGCUUGCAUUGAAGAAACAACAACGGUUGGAACAACUGCUGUACCAGCCACAACAAACCGAGGCUCUACAUUAUCAAGUUCUACUCCAUCCAGUACAUCGACAUUGGCUUCAACAACACAACCUUCCACUACAUCGUCAAGUUCAACAUUUACAACAGAAUCUGGUGUUAAGGAUCAGACACAAACAACAACAACACCAUUGAUGCCGACGGGUAUGCACACUCCAACACAAGGUACGGCUUCAGCACCAUCAUCAACUGGAGCAACAACACUUUCAGAAACCACACAAACUGCUACUGAAGAAAUUUCAACAGGAAACAACUCUGGUACAACGUCUGUAACCAGUUUCACAUCUGCACAAAGUACAACAUUUGCACCAGGUACGACAUCUUUACCAGGAACGCCAUCUGGAACAACAACGACACUCAGAACAAGUGAAUCAACAUCUGGAACUCCUGUCGUCACAACUAUGACACCAUGUACAUAUGUUGUCAAAAUGAGUGAUGCGAAUGUGGUUGACUUGACACAAAGUGAAAUAAUGAAUGAAAAUGGAGAAUUUACACAGAUGCCAGAUCUAGCUGCAUUAACAGAUGAUAAUCCAAAUACGAA